GACGUCUAUACACUCUACUGUUGAACUGUUGCAAGUUCCACAAGAGCACAAGACUACGUUUCAACGUUUCAACUUUAAUUUUCCAGUUUAAAUCUACAAGUUAACAUUAUUUACUUGGAGAUUUUUCAUUGCUUCUAAUAUAUUUAUUGUGAAUUUGUGUAAAUAAUUGCUCUAUCUUCUUCAACCAUUCAAAUAGAAACUAAAAAUUCGAAUAUAAUGUUUGAAUUUGAAUAGAUAUGACAUUGACCUAUCAUCGUCUUCUUGGGAAGAAAGUACUGUUUUCAUGAUUCACCUUUAAAGAGAAUAUAAAUCAUCCGAAAUGAGUGUUCAUAGUCCAUCAAAACUGAAAAAAGUCAUGAGUGGGAAGAAAUUGACAACUAAAACUAAAGAAGUCAUAGAACUGGAAGCUAUUUUGGCUGACCUCCAAGAUAGUCCUCUAAAGCUCAGCUCUCCUGUUAAAUAUUCACCAAGCCAUGUCAGAUCUAGUCCAAGGACAAAAUCCGCUCAAAAGAUCACUUCUCCUGUUGCAUUCAAACGCAAUCUUGAGAAAGACUAUCCGUCACCUGGUAAAGGAGUGAAAAGAAUAGACUUCCAAUCUCCAUCCAAAAAAGUGCCUUCAUUCGGAGUCGGGUCUCCUCAUGGAAAUAGUAUAGUGUCACCUCGUAAACUUAGCAAAGAGAUAGGUGUGUCUAACCAUGGUGACUUACAAAACAUAACCAGUCCUGCGAUUGUGAAAUUGGAAGCAAUAGACAGUAACCGCGGAAAUCUCACUCCUACCAAAACUAUUACUCUUUCCAAUGGCAAACAUGUGAAUGGAGUUCAUGCAUCAUCAUCUCAUAAACUUUCUGUUACAAAACGAAAUUCAAAUCUAGAAAAUAAGUCGCUUGCUAGUCAAAAAAGUGGAAGUAGGGACGACUUACUUGAAACUGGUCUUAUAAAAAUGCCAAAGAGCCUUAAGGAAUUGAAUUUAAGUAAGCUUGAUUCACUCCCAUCUCUCAAUAUUGGUUUGAAAAGUGACGCUAAAGAUUUUAAAAUCAAAACACCAACAACAGUUAAACCCGAUUGUAAUGAAAAACUAGACGAAAAUGACAUUGCAGCUAUGUUGGAAGAUAGUGACGAUGAUAAAGAAGACAAUGAAUAUCCUGGUGUAAAAGGCGCAAGUAAAAAUAGUAAGAACGAAAUUUGUAACAAACCCAUUUCAUCGCCCGCUAGUGAUAUUCAACGAGUGGUGGGCUCAAGCAGAAGAAAAACAAAUUGGAAACUUGAAAAGUAUCGAAUGGGCUACGACGAUGAAGACAUUAUCUUCAUAAAAGACUAUGGUGGAACACCAGAUAAAUCAGCUAGUUCACCUUCAACAAAAAAGAUGAAUAGUCCUAAGCCAGCAUCUUCUUCCAAACAGCAAAAACAAACAGGUAAUCAAAAUAGAUCGAGAAAGAAUGGAGAGUCAGAUGGUGAUGACCUCAAAAUUGUAAAAGAACCUAAAUCCCAUAGUAAAACGUAUUUGUCAUCAAAAAAGAAAGGAGUAAGUACUUCAAAAAAAGACAGUGAAACAAAGAAGAAAGACGCUCCAGCUCCUACUGAUUCAUCUAAGAAGAGUAAGGCUCGUCGAAGUCUAUUACAGGAAGCUACCUACUCCAUUGAGGAUAGCUGUCAGUCACCUCUCAAAUUGAAAUUGAAACGGAAAGCUUCAACAGUCACCUCUUCUUAUUGCAAUGAUUCUGAAGAUGAUGAUGAACCUCGUAGAUUGAAAUUGAAACGGAAGGCUGCAACAGCUGUCUCUUCCUAUUGCAAUAAUUCUGAUGAUGAUGAACCUCGUAAAUUGAAAGUGAAACGGAAGGCCGCAACAGUCGUCUCUUCCUAUUGCAAUGAAUCUAAGGAUGAUGAAUCUGAUGAUGAUGAAUCGUUGCGUACGAAACUGCGAAAAACAGUGGCAUCCGCUUCUAAAACAAAUGAUAAAACUCCUUCAAAAUCGAUUGACUCCAAGAAAGACAAUAGUACACCCACAAAAGAAGAUAUAAAAACGAAAUCUUUGAAAAGAAAAUCUUGCAGAUCAACUGUAACUGGUGAAGAUGAUGGUAGUGAUGAAGAACCUUUUAUAAUGAAAUCUAAACGAGCGAAAACUGAUUUGAUUUCUGAAACAGAACCAAGAGAAAAGUCACUGAGGUCAAGAGAGAGUAUUAAACUUCCAAAAUGGCGGUUGAUGGAUGCCAUGAAUGGUAUUUGCAGGUUAAAGUCUCCUACACGAAGCCCCAGUGCUAGUGUGCAACCACCCAACUCCGAUUUCAAUACUCCUAAAAAGCCGACAACAUUUCAAUGCCAUUCCCCGAGGUUCGACCAGCUAGUUUCAUCUGUUCAGAAAAAGUUCGGCAAAGGUGAAGGAUCCCCUGCUAAUGGGACAGAGGAAAUUGGAAAAGAACAAGACACUAAUCAGAAAACACCCAACAAGAAUGGACUGUCGAAAUCAGUUCUAUCACCUAGAAAAUGUACUCCACCUACAGUUGUGCCAUUCGAAUUGAAUACUAGACCAAGUAGAGCAAAGAUCUUAGAAAGUGACAAGAUUGACAAUGACUCGACCAAGAAACGUUCAAAUAAAGAAAACCUGCUGAGACCUUCAACGGAGCAAUCUGUAACUAACGAUUCUACGAGAUCAACAUCGAAGAAAAGUUUGCAGCGCAACGUAAACUUGCCUUUGAAGGUGACCGCAGUUAAAUCUGAACAAAUACCUUCUGAAGGAGUCAAGAGUCCGAAAAAUGCAACAGAAGUUGUUGGAAGCAGUUUGGACGAUGCUAGAAUUCAGUUGAUGGUAUCUGCAGUUCCGAAGUCGCUGCCAUGUAGGGAUAAGGAGUUCAACAAUAUUUAUUCGUUUCUGGGCAGGAAAAUUGAGGACUUUGCAGGAGGUUGCAUGUACAUAAGUGGAGUGCCGGGCACCGGCAAAACAGCAACUGUUCAUGCAGUCGUACGAAAACUACAAGAAGAUGUAGAAAACGGUGAUCUAUCUGCAUUUGAUUUUGUUGAAAUCAACAGCCUGAGGCUCACAGAACCCAGACAGGCAUACACUCGCAUCUUGCAAAGUCUGACUGGAACCAAACUGCCUUCAGAGCAAGCUCUGCGCAUGCUUGACAAUAAGUUCUCUGGCAGAGGAAGGAAAUCAACUGUGCUACUCGUGGACGAACUGGACUACUUGUGCAAUCGCAGACAGGAUGUUAUCUACAGCAUUUUGGAAUGGCCUAUGAGGCAAGGGUCCGGAGUUGUUGUAUUGACAAUUGCCAAUACAAUGGACUUGCCAGAACGAACUCUGAAAGGAAAGGUCACCAGUCGAAUGGGUCUGACAAGAUUGACGUUCCAGCCGUACACACAUCACCAACUGCAGGAGAUUGUCAUGAACAGGCUGAUUGGAAAUGACAGCUUUCAUCCCGAUGCUGUCCAACUUGUGGCAAGGAAAGUAGCAGCGGUUUCAGGAGAUGCGAGACGAGCUCUCGACAUUUGUAGGAGAGCCACCGAGCUUGUCAGUCCGGCCAAAGGAGACAAUGCAGCCUCCAAGACUGUCACCAUUCAGCACGUCGAGAAGGCUGUCAGCCAGAUAUCAUCAGGACGAAGGAUCCUGGCUAUCAAGGCGUGCAGUACAAUGGCACAGUUGGCUCUGCGAGCUCUGAGAGAUGAAACCCUGCGCACCGGCAUUGACGAGUCUAACGUUGCUCACAUGUACAAACAUCUUCUCAAUAUUUGCGCGCUCGAAGGUGUGGAAAAACCAACUUUUGGAGAAAUCCAACGAAUCUGUACGAAUCUUGAGAGCCUGGGUCUUAUAAUAGCUGAAAAAGGCAGACCUGAUCUGAUGAGGAAACUUUCUUUGAAUGUCAGCUCCGAUGAUAUUCAUUACGCUCUUAACUGCUAAAUCCACCAACGCCGUAAUGUGAUCUCAAUUACCCUGAGCUGAUCCACUAGUUUCUAAAACUUCUGGAAACUGCUGUAAUUAGUGAUAAUCCCAAUUUGCUCUACAACUUCCCUAAUAAUUUGCAUGUUAUUACUCUUUGGACAUGCAAAAUCGCACAUCACAUCGCGAUAUUCCGAAAUUCACUUGAUAAUCUUCCAUCCAAAAUCAGUGGACUCUAAUACUAAUAAUUCAGUAUUGAAUAUGCCACUAUAAUGUAGUAAUAUCUUUCAUAUUUGAAAAAACAUAUUUUCACAACAGAGCAAAAUUUGAGUGUAAAGUUCCUAACAAACACUUGUAUAUCUGGUGUAGCGGUCAAAACAAUGACUUUCGAACUUAGUUGCUGCUUUGUAUUAUAAAUUAAUAAUGUAUAAAAUAUUAAGAUAUUUUAACGAAUAAAACUAUUUUUCAAUUCUUUAUUUUUCGAAU